CCCCUCCCCCCGCCCCUAUAGCCUGUGUGUCUCCGUACGUCCAUUAAAGUUACAACUUCGCAACUACUCCGCUCCACUCAACACGCCUUCCCGUCAACCCCCGGUCCUGCGCCCGGCUACCACUCUUCAAAUUUUUUCUCUUCUCACACCAGCAUGAGGUCCAGUUAGCCCAACUUUUGGCUCGCAGACGGAUAUGGAAGCGUCUCACCCAACCCCAGAGGGUAUUAUGCUACCCCCAAGCCCUGUGGACUCGGCAGGUUCGGUUGACUCGACCUCGUCCGGCUCUACUGUCGAGCAUACCACGGAGCCAGAACGCAGUGAUCACGUCACGAUCACUUUGUCUCUGACUCCCGAUUCGCCUGUCCAAACUCCUAGUCGUGCCUCAUACACCCGCUCCCACUUCCGGUCCCGAUCGAUGAUCGAAGUCCCAGGCGUUCCCCCCAUGACGCGCGCCCACUCGUCUCCCGGGCUGGACUCGCGAGGCAGAUAUAUCUUCGUCAACGGCCGCGGGGGUGCUGCCAAUGUCAGCGACAACUCAGCAAGGCGUUAUCUGCCGCUGCAGGUGAACACGGAGGAAUCGCCCGACUCGAGAAUGAUGCCCCUGAAUGUCUCCCAGACCAUUUCCGAGAACGGGGAACUGGACACCAGGACGGCUUCGUCUCCGUCCAAAGCCGACUAUCACCCUACAUCGCCUGUACUCGCGUAUACACUGCCUCGUGUCAAUCGCCGCCGUCCCUUGUCCCCCCUCCAUUUCCACCCGCCCACGUCGCCUGGUUCGUCAGUUAUGGGCAGCCCGUCCCCAGCGCACUCUUCGCCCGUCAUGCUCAGUUCGCGCUUCAACGAGACAUUCCCCGGCUAUUCAGCCUCCUCUACAUCCUCUAUUCCGUCGACUCCUACGAGCCUUCGAUCCCGCAGCCCUAGUAUCUCCUCGCUAGAAACCAUUCCCGAUAUCCCUGAUGCGGAAGCCGCAGCGAUCGAGGCGGACAGGAUCGCAGCAUUGAAAGCUGCUGCCGAUAAAGCUGACGAAGCGGAGGAAGCGACUAACACAAGCCGGCGGCGUGGAACCUCCGAUGCUUCGGGUCCUUCGAGCCCUUUCAUGAACAUGCGUGGUACUUCUGGUGGAUACGGGGUGCGGACCGAUAAACGGAAACGCUGGAGUGUCUGUGGGGCGGAACGCCGUCAGGAUCUGGAUCUGGAGACAAUCUGGGAAGAUUGAGGUGUGAAACUGAAUCUAUCGCGACAACACCACGAAUCACAACCUCUUUCGGAUAGAGGAAGGGCCUCUCCCUCUCGGGUUCAAGAACAACAAACAUACUGCCAGUACAGAGCCGUUGGAGCCAACCCUAUUGAU